CCGUGCCGUCCCUCCCUCUUCUACUCUCCCAACCCAAGUCCGAGCCAACGCGGACUCUCUGCCUGCCGAGCAUCAUCUAUACAAUACAAGCCCAGGGAGCCAGCUAGCCGGUGAUCAUGGGAGAAGCAGCAGCGGCCAUGGAAGAUGCCCAGAGGAAGGGGUUGGCGGUGGUGGUGCCGGCGCCGCGGCCGCGCAAGGGGGUGGCGUCCUGGGCGGUCGACAUGCUGGAGCGGCUCGCCGUCCGCCUCAGCCAUGGCAAGAAGGCCGAGCCGGUCCCCUGGCUCUCCGGCAACUUCGCCCCCGUGCCGGACGAGACCCCGCCCGCCGCCGGCCUCACCGUCCGCGGACACCUUCCGAAGUGUUUGAAUGGAGAAUUUGUCAGGGUGGGGCCUAACCCCAAGUUUACCCCCAUUGCAGGGUAUCAUUGGUUUGAUGGGGAUGGAAUGAUCCAUGCAAUGCGUAUUAAGGACGGAAAAGCUACAUACAUAUCAAGAUACGUGAAGACUUCUCGCCUUGAGCAAGAAGAGUAUUUUGGUGGACCAAAGUUUACCAAGAUUGGAGACCUGAAGGGUGUUUUGGGGUUGUUUAUGGUUCUAACGCAAGAACUUAGGAAGAAACUCAAAGUCUUAGAUGCUACUUAUGGAAUUGGAACAGCUAAUACUGCUCUUAUAUACCAUCAUGGCAAACUCAUGGCCCUGUCAGAAUCAGAUAAACCUUAUGUUAUUAAGAUCCUUGAAGAUGGAGACUUGCAAACUCUUGGGUUGUUGGAUUAUGACAAAAGGUUGAAACACCCUUUCACCGCUCAUCCGAAGGUUGAUCCAUUUACAGAUGAAAUGUUCACCUUUGGGUACUCACAUGAACCUCCUUAUUGUACAUACCGAGUCAUCACCAAGGAUGGAAUUAUGCUUGACCCCGUGCCAAUAACAAUACCGGAAUCUGUAAUGAUGCAUGACUUCGCCAUUACAGAGAACUACUCCAUAUUUAUGGACUUGCCAAUGUUUUUUCGACCAAAGGAAAUGGUGAAGAAUAGUGAAUUUAUUUACAAGUUUGAUCCUACAAAGAAAGCUCGUUUUGGUAUACUCCAACGCUAUGAAAAGGACGAAAAAAACAUCAGGUGGUUUGAGCUCCCCAAUUGCUUCAUAUUCCACAAUGCUAACGCAUGGGAAGAGGGCGAUGAAGUUAUUUUGAUCACGUGUCGUCUCAACAACCUAGAUUUGGACCAGGUGAAUGGUAACCAAAGCGACAAACUUGAGGACCCCGGGAAUGAGCUGUACGAGAUGCGAUUCAACAUGAAAACUGGUGAUGCUUCGCAGAAGCAAUUGUCUGUCUCUGCCAUAGACUUUCCUCGAAUCAAUGAGAGUUAUACUGGCAGAAAGCAACAAUACAUCUAUUGCACGAUACUUGACAGCACCGUGAAGGUGAGUGGCAUCUUGAAAAUGACCGGCAUCAUAAAAUUCGACCUACACGCCGAGCCAGAGAGCAGCAAGGAGCAGCUUGAAGUUGGGGGGAAUGUGAGGGGCAUAUAUUACCUGGGGCCUAGUAGAUUUUGUUCAGAGGCAGUCUUCGUGCCCAAGGAGCCUGGUGUUUCACACGAAGAAGAUGAUGGGUACUUGAUAUUCUUUGUCCACGAUGAAAAUACAGGGAAAUCUGAAGUAAAUGUGAUUGAUGCGAAGACGAUGUCUGGUGAUCCAGUUGCAGUUAUUGAGUUGCCAAAUCGGGUUCCUUACGGAUUCCAUGCCUUCUUUGUCAACGAGGAACAACUAGGACAUCAAGUAGAGCGGUGAAGAGUGAUAAGAAGGAAGCAUUAGAUGAAGAUUUUUUUUGUAAUGAUGUGUGUGAUGCAGUAUCUUUCUAUGUGCCAGAUCAGCUGGUUGUGAGGGGUUUCACUUGGUUUUUCGUCAAUUAACUGGGCAAAUAUCUUCUUCUUCAUUAAUGAAAAUGGCAGGUAUUUUGCCUUGUUAAGAAAAUAUAUAAAGGAAGUACC